AUGCAGCUCCGCUUGCCGGUGGCCGCCUGGCUGUCGUGGCUUGCGCUGCUGGUGCCCGCGACGGCGGCGGGCUGGGAGCUACGUCUCACUAGCGGCGGCAGCCGCCGCCCCGGGGACUUGUUGCUGGAUCUCUCGCUGGGACCUGAGUGGCUCUACGAGCUGGACGAGACUCUAACGCCCCGCCAGCUGAGGGACGCCGUGGAAGUGACGGGCGACGGGCUGCUGAGGAGAACGAAAACGCCCGUGGAGUGCGCGGGCUUGGCCCGCAGCCCGCUGCCGCUCCACUUGCGCCUGGUCUCCCCGGUCGGCGGCGUCCUGCUCUCGCUCCGCCUGGCAGCUCACCUGCAUGGCCCCGGCUGCCGCAGCGGCUCCCGCCAAGGGACGAGCGGAAAGGGCUGGCUGCAGCCUCGCCUUUCCAUUUUUGCAGGCCUUCCUCUGAGGCAGCCUUUGCCAACCCCUCUUUGCUCCCCCGCUUCCCCUGAGCAGCAGGUGCCCCCGAAGGUGGGAGAGGCGGAUGGGGGGCCGCUGCUCUCGGCCCUCAUGGCGUUGACAAGUUUCCCUUACUGUAAGUGCCUCAAGGGCGGCCCCUUGAGCUGCAGGGACCAGGAGGGAGAAGUGGGGAAAGACGUUGACUGCCAGAAGCCCUCAGGGACCAGCCAUCUGCAGCUUCUUUGUCACUUGAGGAGGACCCAGGGGGAUAUCCUCAUAGAGCUGGGUAGCCCCAGUACCUGGGGAGCGAAACAGGUGGUGGGUGGAGAAGAAGGAGGGCAGGGUAAGCUGGAGGUGGUUAGAAACAGGGAGGCAGCCCACCCACAGUUUGGGACAAGGAGUGAGGGCAGCUGGGAUUCUUGGCCCCGAGGGCCCCGGAGGAUGAUGAGGAGCGUGAACAACCCACCCCAGUUCAAGCUGCCCAAUUACCAGGUGUCAAUUGCUGAGAACCAACCAGCAGGCACCACAGUCAUCACCCUGGAAGCCCAUGACCCGGACGAGGGGGAGGCAGGUCGGUUGACGUACUCCAUGGAGGCCUUCUUUGACAAGCGCUCCAAUGAUUACUUCUCCAUUGACUCUGAGACUGGAGUAGUGGUCACCACCCGUAGCCUUGACCGAGAGACUAAGGAUACCCAUGUGCUUCAAGUGACAGCAACGGACCAUGGCUCCCCACGGCACCGGUCAGCCAUCACCUUCCUAACCGUGACUGUAAGUGACACCAAUGAUCACGGCCCAGUGUUUGAGCAGCCUGAGUACCGAGAGAACAUUCGAGAGAAUCUUGAGGUGGGUUAUGAGGUGCUGACGAUUCGUGCCACAGAUGAAGACGCCCCAGACAAUGCUAACUUGCUCUAUCGUAUCUUGGAACCAGGUGCUGGGGAGGGAGUCUUUGAGAUUGACCCACACUCUGGUGUUGUGAGGACUUGUGCCCCUGUAGACCGAGAGCAAGUCUCGGAAUACCAUCUUGUGGUAGAAGCCAAUGACCAAGGCAAAGACCCAGGCCCUCGAAGUGCCACAGUCACGGUGCAUAUCACGGUUGAAGAUGAGAACGACAAUUCCCCACAGUUCAGUGAAAAACGCUACUUGGUACAAAUCCCAGAGGAUAGCCCAGUAAAUAGCCAGGUGCUCCAGGUGCAAGCCACGGACCAAGACCGUGGCAGCAAUGCCCAGGUACACUAUAGCAUUGUGAGUGGGAACCUCAAGGGCCAGUUUUAUAUCCAUUCUUUCUCUGGCUCUAUUGACUUGAUCAACCCCCUGGAUUAUGAGGCUAUUCGAGAAUACACCCUAAGGAUCAAGGCCCAGGAUGGAGGAAGGCCUCCACAGAUCAAUUCCAGUGGGAUGGUGUCCAUUCAAGUGCUGGAUGUAAAUGAUAAUGCCCCCAUUUUUGUAAGCACCCCCUUUCAAGCCACCGUAUUGGAGAAUGUGCCCCUAGGCUACUCAGUGUUACACAUUCAGGCAGUAGAUGCUGAUUCUGGGGAUAAUGCCCGCUUGGAAUACAAACUCAUUGAGUUGUCUCAUCCUUCUGCUCUUAUGUCCUUGGGUGGGGACAUGGGUUUUCCGUUCCAGAUCAACAAUAGUACUGGAUGGAUUACAGUGUCAACUGAGCUUGACCGGGAGACUGUGGAGAUUUACCACUUUGGGGUGGAGGCCAGGGAUCACGGUGUGCCUGUGAUGACUUCCUCAGCUAGUGUCUCUAUCACUGUCCUUGAUGUUAAUGAUAAUAGCCCUACUUUCACUGAAAAAGUUUAUCAGCUCAGGCUGAAUGAGGAUGCGACAGUAGGCAGCAGUGUCCUGACAUUGACAGCAGUAGACAGGGAUGUCAACAGCGUGGUGACCUACCAGAUCACCAGUGGCAACACAAGGAACCGCUUUGCUAUCACCAGUCAGAGUGCAGGUGGACUGAUCACCCUGGCCUUGCCCCUGGAUUACAAGCAGGAGAGGCAGUAUGUGCUGACGGUCACUGCUUCAGAUGGAACUCUAUUUGACACUGUCCAAGUCUUCAUCAAUGUCACCGAUGCCAACACGCACCGACCAGUUUUCCAGAGUUCUCACUACACAGUGAGCGUCAGUGAAGACAAGCCAAUUGGCACAUCCAUUGUAACCAUCAGUGCCUCUGAUGAGGAUACUGGGGAGAACGCUAGAAUCACUUACAUUCUGGAGGACAGCAUCCCUCAGUUCCGCAUUGACCCUGACACAGGAACCAUCACAACGUUGAUGGAGUUAGACUACGAGGACCAAGCCUCUUACACUUUGGCCAUCACAGCCCAGGACAAUGGGAUCCCUCAGAAAUCUGACACCACCUAUGUGGAGAUCCUCAUUUUGGAUGCUAAUGACAAUGUGCCCCAUUUCCUUCGUGACCGCUACCAGGGUACCGUCUUUGAAGAUGUGCCCCUCUCCACCAGUGUCUUGCAAGUGUCUGCUACUGACCGGGACUCAGGCCCUAAUGGCCGCCUCCUUUAUACCUUCCAGGGUGGAGAUGAUGGUGAUGGGGAUUUUUACAUUGAAGCCACAUCAGGGGUGAUACGGACACUGCGCAAGCUGGAUCGUGAGAACGUGGCUGUCUACACCCUGCGGGCUUUUGCUGUGGACAGGGGCAGCCCACCCCUAAAAGCCUCUGUGGAUAUCCAGGUUACUGUGUUAGAUAUCAAUGAUAAUCCUCCUGUUUUUGAACGAGAUGAAUUUGACAUCUUUGUGGAAGAGAACAGCCCUGUUGGUUCUAUCGUGGCCCGGAUCAGUGCUGUAGACCCUGAUGAGGGAACUAAUGCUCAGAUCAUGUAUCAGAUUGUGGAGGGCAACAUCCCUGAGGUCUUCCAGCUUGACCUUCUCAAUGGCGAUCUCACAGCCCUGAUGGAUCUGGAUUAUGAAAGCCAGACAGAGUAUGUAAUUGUGGUGCAAGCCACUUCAGCCCCUCUGGUGAGCCGAGCUACUGUGCACAUUCGCCUGCUAGAUCAGAAUGACAACCCUCCUGUGUUACCAGACUUCCAGAUCCUGUUCAACAAUUACGUCACGAACAAGUCUAAUAGCUUCCCUUCUGGAGUGAUUGGCAAGAUCCCUGCCCACGAUCCUGAUAUAUCUGACCAACUCGACUACACCUUUGUCCAGGGCAAUGAAUUAAACCUGCUGCUUUUGGACUCUACUACUGGAGAACUCAAGCUAAGCCGGGACCUAGACAACAACAGACCCCUUGAGGCCAUCAUGAAAGUAUCAGUUUCAGAUGGCAUUCAUAGCGUAACAGCACUUUGCACCUUACGGGUGAUGAUCAUCACUGACGACAUGCUGACUAACAGUAUCACAGUACGAUUGGAAAACAUGUCUCAAGAGAAGUUUCUUUCUCCACUGCUUGCUCUCUUUGUGGAAGGUGUAGCUACAGUGCUGUCAACAACCAAAGAGGGCAUUUUCGUCUUCAACAUUCAAAACGACACAGAUGUUAGCUCCAAUAUUCUGAAUGUGACAUUUUCUGCCUUGCUUCCUGGUGGUAUCCGAAACAAGUUCUUCCCCUCUGAGGACCUUCAGGAGCAGAUAUACCUCAACAGAACACUUCUUACUUUGAUAUCUACCCAACGAGUACUGCCUUUUGAUGACAAUAUUUGUCUGCGGGAGCCUUGUGAAAACUACAUGAAGUGUGUGUCUGUACUUAAGUUUGACAGCUCUGCUCCAUUUAUCAGUUCUAACACUGUCCUGUUCCGACCCAUACACCCUAUCAAUGGGCUAAGAUGUCGGUGUCCCCCUGGGUUUACAGGUGACUAUUGUGAAACAGAGAUUGACCUGUGCUACUCCAACCCUUGUGGAAACAAUGGCCUGUGUCGAAGCCGAGAGGGAGGAUACACCUGUGAAUGUUAUGAAGACUACACUGGAGAGUACUGUGAAGUGAAUGCUCGCUCUGGACGCUGCGCUCCAGGAUUAUGCAAGAAUGGAGGAACAUGUGUUAAUCUUCUCAUAGGAGGUUUCAAAUGUGAGUGUCCUCCUGGUGAAUAUGAGCGACCUUAUUGUGAGAUGACCACGAGAAGCUUCCCUCCGGAGUCAUUUGUCACCUUCAAGGGGUUAAGGCAACGCUUCCAUUUCACUGUCUCUCUCAUGUUUGCAACCAGAGAAAGGGAUGCUCUGCUUCUCUAUAAUGGACGUUUUAAUGAAAAGCAUGAUUUUAUUGCACUUGAGAUAAUUGAAGAGCAGAUCCAGUUGACAUUCUCUGCAGGAGAAACCACUACUACAGUUGCACCAUUUGUUCCGGGAGGGGUUAGUGAUGGACAGUGGCACUCUGUCCAGGUGCAGUACUACAACAAGCCAAACAUAGGAAGAUUAGGCAUUCCUCAUGGACCUUCAGGGGAGAAGGUGGCAGUAGUAACAGUGGAUGACUGUGAUACUGCAGUGGCUGUGCGUUUCGGAAGCUUCAUUGGAAACUACUCAUGCGCUGCUCAGGGAACACAGACUGGCUCAAAAAAGUCUUUGGAUCUAACUGGCCCUUUGCUCCUUGGAGGAGUUCCCAACUUGCCUGAAGAUUUUCCGGUGCACAACAGACAAUUUGUCGGCUGCAUGAGGAACCUCUCCAUUGACAGCAAGCCAAUCGACAUGGCCAGUUAUAUAGCCAACAAUGGCACUCUUGCAGGCUGUUUAGCUCAGAAGAAUUACUGCACCACCAACUGGUGUCAGAAUGGAGGCACCUGUGUGAACAAAUGGAAUACUUAUGCUUGUGAAUGUCCCCUGAGAUAUGGUGGGAAAAACUGUGAGCAAGUAAUGCCUUUUCCUCAGCGUUUCACCGGGGAGAGCAUCAUCAUCUGGAGUGAUCUCGACAUCACUAUUUCUGUGCCAUGGUACAUUGGCCUGAUGUUUAGAACCCGUAAGGUUAAUGGCAUGUUAAUGCAAGCAAAUGCAGGGGUGUCAUCCAAGAUCAACAUUCAGAUACUGAAUAAAUAUGUAGUGUUCGAAGUCUAUGAUGGUCUGAAUCAAGUGGCCAGUUUGAGGAUGACCCAGUCCCGAAUCAGUGAUGGCGAGUGGCAUCACUUGCUAAUAGAGCUGAAGAGUGCAAAAGAUGGCAAAGACAUCAAGUACCUGGCUGUUGUGUCCCUGGACUAUGGGAUGUAUCAGAGCACUGUACAGAUUGGAAAUCAGUUACCUGGACUAAAAAUGAAAAGCAUUAUUGUGGGAGGUGUCUCUGGAGAUCAGGUCUCCGUGCAGCAGGGCUUCUAUGGCUGUCUCCAGGGAGUGAGAAUGGGGGAGACGUCUACAAACGUAGCUACGUUGAACAUGAAACAGGCAAUCAAGAUUAAUGUCAAGGAAGGCUGUGAAGUGGACAAUCCCUGUGACUCUAACCCUUGUCCCCUGCAUAGCUAUUGUAGUGAUGACUGGGACAGCUAUUCAUGUGUCUGUGAUCCAGGGUACUUUGGAACAGACUGUGUUGAUGUGUGUAGCCUGAACCCAUGUGAACAUGUCUCCACUUGUGUCCGGAAGCCAAGUUCUUCUCAUGGAUACACCUGUGAAUGUGGGCAAAGCUAUUAUGGACAGUACUGUGAAAGCAAGAUUGAUUUGCCUUGUCCCAGAGGCUGGUGGGGAAAUCCCAUUUGUGGGCCUUGUAAUUGUGAAAUCAGUAAAGGGUUUGAUCCUGACUGCAAUAAGACUAAUGGAGAGUGUCAAUGUAAGACCAAUUAUUACAGACCACAAAACAGUGACGCUUGUUAUCCGUGUGACUGUUUCCCUUCCGGUUCCAAUAGUCGUACCUGUGACAUGGAAACAGGACAGUGUCCCUGUAAACCAGGAGUGAUUGGACGACAAUGCAAUCGCUGUGACAAUCCCUUUGCUGAAGUCACUGUUCAUGGCUGUGAAGUGGUUUACAAUGGAUGCCCCAAAGCAUUUGAGGCUGGCAUUUGGUGGCCACAAACCAAAUUUGGACAGCCUGCUGCUGUGCCCUGCCCCAAGGGAUCAGCAGGAAAUGCUGUUCGGCACUGUAAUAGCGAGAAAGGCUGGCUUCCCCCUGAACUUUUUAACUGUACUACUUUUGGUUUUGUGGAUCUUAAAAUCAUGAAUGAGAAGCUUCUCCGCAACGAGACCAGCAUGGAUGGUGACAAGUCAGUGCAGAUAGCCAAAGUGCUUCAGAAUGCCACCAACCACACAGGCGCCUUCUAUGGGAAUGAUGUCCGAACGGCCUACCAGAUGAUAAUCAGGGUGUUGCAGUAUGAGAGCCAGCAGCAGGGGUUUGAUCUGGCUGCAACAAAGGACGUGGAGUUCAAUGAGAAUAUCAUAAAAGCAGGUAGUGCUGUACUGGAUCCAAGCACCAAAGAGCAUUGGGAGCACAUCCAGAGGACAGAGGGGGGCACUGCGCACUUGCUGAAACACUACGAGGACUAUUUCAGUAAUGUGGCAAAGAACAUGAAGAAAACCUACAUGAAACCUUUCAUUAUUGUUGCCACAAACAUGAUUAUUGCUGUUGACAUCUUUGAAAAAUCUAAUUUUACGGGAGCUAAAGUACCACGGUUUGAUGCGAUUAAAGAAGAUUAUCCGAGAGAUUUGGAGUCGUCUGUUUUGUUUCCUGAUACUUUGCUCAAAGCUUCCGACAGAAAAGUGGUUCCUACAAUGAAGCCUUCAAACCAUCGGUUGUCUUCUAAGAUGGAAGAUGAUAUUUUUAAGAGCAAAAAUGUACUUGCAAAAAGAAAGCGUCGCCAUCCGGAGGAGUCUAACCAGUAUGCUGUUGCCAUGGUGAUUAUAUACCGAACCCUAGGACAGUUUCUGCCUGAGAGCUAUGAUCCUGACCGAAGGAGUUUAAGAUUACCCAAUCGGCCCAUCAUUAACACUCCAAUAAUCAGCGCAAUAAUUUAUAGAGAUGAGGAGUCUUUACCAAAUCUUCUGGAGAGCCCCAUUACAGUUGAACAUGCCAUGCUGGAAACUGAGGAGAGGACAAAACCAGUUUGUGUGUUCUGGAACCACUCAAUUGCAAUUGGAGAAACAGGAGGCUGGUCCUCAAAGGGAUGUGAGCUGUUUUCUCGAACCAAGAGCCAUAUCAUAUGCCAGUGCAACCAUAUGACCAGUUUUGCUGUCCUAAUGGAUAUUUCAAAACGUGAAAAUGGUGAGGCACUUCCUCUGAAGAUUAUCACUUACACGACAGUCUCCAUCUCACUGGUAGCUUUGCUGCUCACCUUUAUUCUUCUUGUCUUGAUCCGAACACUGCGCUCCAACCUGCACAACAUCCACAAAAACUUGGUGGCUGCCCUGUUCUUCUCAGAAUUAGUCUUUCUGAUAGGAAUCAACCAGACAGAAAAUCCGUUUGUGUGCACUGUGAUAGCCAUUCUUUUGCACUACUUCUACAUGAGUACUUUUGCCUGGAUGUUCGUUGAACAGCUUCACAUCUACCGCAUGCUGACUGAAGUGAGGAACAUCAAUUUUGGACAUAUGAGGUUCUACUAUGUCAUGGGCUGGGGGAUUCCUGCAAUUAUAACAGGUCUUGCUGUGGGUCUGGAUCCACAGGGCUACGGGAACCCAGAUUUCUGCUGGCUCUCUGUUCAUGACACCCUGAUUUGGAGCUUCGCAGGGCCCAUUGUGAUAGUCGUGGUCAUCAACUUCAUAAUCUUCAUACUAGCAGUGAAAGCAUCAUGCAGACGAAGGCAACGUUCACUGGAGAAAACUGGUGUCGUUUCUGUACUACGGACUGCUUUCCUCCUAUUGCUGUUGAUCAGCGCUACCUGGUUACUCGGUCUGAUGGCAGUGAACAGUGAUGUAAUGACUUUUCACUACCUAUUUGCUAUCUUCAGCUGCUUACAGGGGCUGUUUAUCUUUUUCUUCCACUGUAUAUUCAAUAAAGAAGUGAGGAAACAUUUGAAAAAUACUUUCAGUGGAAAGAAGCCGCUUCCAGAUGACUCCACGACAACAAGAGCCACCCUGUUAACUCGGUCUCUGAACUGCAAUGACACGUAUAUAGAAGAACCAGAUAUGUAUCGCACCACAAUUGGGGAAUCUACAGUCUCCUUAGAAAGCACCGUCAGAGAUGAAGCUGCCCAGAAGAUCAGUGUGUCAUCAAGCCAAGCAAGAGCUGGCCAUACAGAAGGUGAUUCCUCUAUCUUCCACAGAAAGCCAUCAAAAUCCAAUGAGCAUGAUUCUGAUUCUGACAGUGAGUUGUCCCUUGAUGAACACAGCAGCUCAUAUGCUUCCUCUCACUCUUCGGACAGCGAGGAAGAUGUGAUAGAAGCAGAAAAGAAAUGGAACACAUCCACUCCGAAAAAUAAUGACCGGGGCCCGCUCCACAGCACUCCCAAAGUGGAUUCAGUUCCCAAUCACGUGAAAUCCUAUUGGCCUAAUGAGGGCAUAAUAGCAAGUGAUGGUGAGGAGCCCAGUGCAAAGCAAAAGCUGAAAGUGGAAACCAAGGUUAAUGUGGAACUUCACCGGGAAAACCAAGCAAACCACAGCAGUGAAAUACCUCAGGACAAAGAGAAUGAAGGGCAGCAAAAGGAGAGCAAGCCACUUGCCCAGCAGAACCACCAGCAGCCAGAACAGAGGAAAGGCAUACUGAAAAACAAAGUCACCUACCCUCCUCCAUUAGUGGACAAAAAUAUGAAGAAUCGGCUACGGGAAAAACUGUCAGAUUAUAAUCAAACCACUAUCUCAUCCAAAACUACUUCUGUUGGGACUAACAAUGGAGUUCGCGCCACUUCAGACUCUGGGGUAACAAUAAAAAACCCAAGGAGAGAUCAGCCUCCAGAACAAAUAAAUGGUUUAGCCAUGAAUGUCCACGUGGGAACUGUAACAGCUGAGAACUCAGAUUCUGAAGGCAGUAAUGAAACUUCAAUUUGAAUCAUCAGGAAAUUGUGAUGACUCUUGCGACUUGGGAGGACUCCUCCGCUGUGACAUCACUUCCUGGGAACCUCUUGAUUCUGCAUACUCUUGACCUAUAAAGAGGAUGCCAUGGACGUCAAAUCUGGAGAAAGUUUCAUAAUGCUGCAUACUUCAGAUUACUCCAUUUCCUAUGAGGUGCUCAAUAAGGGUGCAUUUGGUGCCUGAGGGAUUGUGUAAAUUGUGCCAAAACAUGGAGACCAAUCAGUGGAACUCGCUACUGGAGAAUAAUGCCUUUCAGAUAAGUAGACCCAGCCAUAGCAAUGUUACAAGGGCUGCCAGGCAGGACAGUCUAUACUAAGAAAUGACUUAUCCUUGAGGAAUGAAUGGUUAAUACUACAGUUCAACAUACCACCAACCAAGCUCUGUCUGGUUUUAGGACAUGUUGUGGUUUUGUCCAAUGGGAUCUCUACACUCAGGAGGAAAAUGUAUCACACCAAGUGCCCUUUAAUUUCUUCGCCAGCUUCUACACCAGUUUGCAUGGACACUUUGUCUUAAAAUACCAUCAUUUUGAUAUAAAUAUAUAUAUAUAUAUAGCUGUAGAUAAUUUUAUAUAUUUUGUAUGGUGAUUCUUUAAAAAGGUUCUUUUGUACAUUUCACAUAUAUACUGAUUUUCUUAAAUUUGAUAGCAGGAGAGCAAUUGUGAAAGAGCUUUGAUAUUUUUUAUAUUAAAAAAGAAUUGCACAAGUGUACUUGAAUUUGGCAUUUGAGGAGAGUGGGGGGGGGCAAUAUAAUUAAUGUUUGCACCAAGCCCAACAAUUGUGAUACAGUCUUUUUAAAAAAGGCUGUAAUGCAUCUAUUGACAUCCAAAUUCAUAAACAGAAUUUGUCAGGAAAAGAACUGAAAUAAUUUAAGGGCACAGUGUGCAUUUUUAUACUUUCGACACUAACCAACCAAGAACCACAAAAUAUAUCUGUGGUUGAUUAAUAUGGCAGUCCCCCAUUCAUCAUCUAUGUACAGACAUUUUCCCUGUGGUGUUCACAUCCUGUCUUCAGCAGGUUUGAAUUGCUUUUACGAGUAAAAAAUUUUUUUUAAUAAUAUCAUCUAGUUUUCAUAUUAAAUUAGUGUAACCUUUGAUGCUGGUCCACCUUUAACCUUGCUUUUCUCUAAAAAUUUUUAAUAAUAACCCUGCUUUGGAUUUUCUAUAACGCUCUGCUUCCUCACCACUCCUCCCCGCCUACUUCAUUUCGCAAACCAGAGCAUGAAAAACCUAUAGAUGCUUCAGUUUAAUUUGUCAAUGCUUUGACACUAUUCACAC